GCACACAGCACAACCAUCCGCUCGGCGCUCCAUCGAUCAGCGGCGGCGGGCGACGCCGCGACGAGCCCUACCAGGCGGCGGCGGCGGCAGCGGAGACCGGAGAGCGAGUCUUCCGGCGACUGAGCAAGGGCGCUCGCCACCUGUUCGACGGAAUGGCUACGAGGCGCGACGGCGGCAGGAGACGCGAGGGACUCACGGCCGAGGAGAACAGCGGCGAAGACUGGCUUAGCACCCUCCCGGACGAGAUCCUCCACAAUGUUCUCUCCUUCCUACCAGCGCACGAGGCCGUGUGGACGUGUCUGCUCUCCCGCCGCUGGCGCAACCUUUGGAGGUCCGCCCCCGUGCUGCGCAUCAGACACAGAUGGGUGGGUGUGGAGAGGUUCAACAAGUUUGUCAACAAUCUUCUUCUCUUGCGCGACCCGGUGCCUCUUGAUGAGCUCGAGUUCCAGACCUACACAUACUGGCCUACCAUGAUGCCCAGACCUUGUAUCUACGAGGUCAAGUAUGCUGAACUAUGGAUCAGGCAUGCGCUCAUGUGCAAGGCUCGGGUGCUCAGGGUCCUCGUUCAAUCUGAACAUUUAGCCCCGCUGGAAUUGAGCAUGCCUCUCAUCUCUAAACACUUGACCACCUUACAGCUUCGGUCUGUAAAGCUGGACAACCAUGCUCUUGAUUUCUCAAACUGUCCUGUACUGGAGGACCUUCAGAUGAAUUGCUGUACGAUUUCCACCCCCUACAAUAUUUUUUCCCAGUCACUAAAGCGUCUUUGCAUCACCAAACGUAAUAGGACUGAGACUAACUUCAUUGACGAUCUGUCAAGCUUACCUGCAUUGGAGGACCUUGUGAUGGAAUCAUGCAAAAUUUCCACUGACAAGAUGGUGUCCCAGUCACUAAAGCAUCUCUGUGUCACCAAAUGUAACUUCGAGAUGAGCACACGUAUUUCUGUCCCAGGUCUCAUUUCACUACGAUUGGGUGAUAAUUACGGCUCGAUUCCUUUGCUUGAAAGCAUGCCAUUGCUAGUAACAGCAUCUGUGAAGUUUGGGACUUUGUCUUGGGGUUGUCGGAAAUGCAGAUAUGAUCCUGGUACAUGUGUUUGUUGUGAUGGUGAUCCUGACGGUGAUGGCAGUGUCAAGUAUAAGUUUUUCAGAGGUCUGUCAAAUGCUGCAAAUUUGGAAUUAGUAGCUGAAGCUGGGAUGUGUAUUUUGAAGCAAGACUUGACAUGGUGCCCCACAUUCAGCAAGUUAAAGACUUUGCUUCUUGAUGGAUGGGUCGUUGGGCAUAAUUUCUGCGCUCUUGGUUGCUUUCUCCAACAAACAUCAAUUCUGGAGAAGCUCACUCUUCAACUUUAUAAGGGCCAUGAAGAUAUGGUGGAAAUUGAAGAAAGUAGCAGUUCAAUUGGACAAUUGGUCCAGUUUCAGAACCUUGAAAGAGUCAAAGUAAGAUGUUUAAGGAAUGAAGAAUGGGUUCACAAAGUUUUCAAGAUCUUGAAUGCCUGUGGCGUUUCUCCUGACAAAAUCACUAUCCAGGAUUCAGUCUGAGAAGUUCAGAGAUCUAGCAGAUGAUUGAUCGAGCUGACGACGUCCAUGCUGAAGUCCUUAUCUGAAUUCUGAAAGUGUGUGCUUUGGGUCUGCAAGAAUUAAUACUAACACUGUUGCUUGCUGAAGCUCAUAGAAAUACAGCUUUGAUCGAAUUGGUUACAGAAAACUAGCACACGGUACUUCUCAAUUGGUUAUCAUACUGGUUGUUAAAACUUAUCUCGACUAGCUAGUUUGUUUGUUUACGAUACGGUUUUCGUUGCCGACUCGGACAGAGACUCAUGUGUCCCUUU